AGUAGGUUUCGUCACUUCCGGUUUUUAGCGCUGAAGGCUGUGUUGUGGAAAAGGUGGAGCAGUGUGAUGUUUUGGUCUCGUUAGGUCAGGGCAUUUUUUAGAUCAUUAUUAUGGCCGUGGAGAUGAGUUCCACCUGCCCGGGGUUAUACUGUGGGAAAAGCUCUCUCAACGGCUCUCUAGGGGAAUGUGGGGUUUGUCCGCGGGGCGAACGGACCAACGAGCAGAGUAUUUGCCAGAGGUGUGUGGAGUCUCCGGAGCUGUAUGACUGGCUGUAUCUCGGCUUCAUGGCUAUGCUCCCUCUGGUGCUUCACUGGUUCUUCAUCGAGUGGUAUUCUGGGAAGAAAAGCUCCAGUGCCCUUUUUCAACACAUCACUGCAUUGUUUGAAUGCAGUGCUGCUGCAGUCGUCACACUCAUAGUAAAUGAUCCAGUUGGACAGCUUUCUAUCAGGUCCUGCAAGGUUAAAAUGCUUUCCGACUGGUACACAAUGCUCUACAACCCAAGUCCUGAUUAUGUCAAUACACUUCAUUGUACCCAGGAAGCGGUUUUUCCUUUGUAUACAAUAGUGUUCAUAUACUAUGCUUUCUGCUUGAUGUUCAUGAUGCUGCUAAGACCUCUUCUGGUUAAGAAGAUAGCCUGUGGUUUAGGAAAAUCAGACCGCUUUAAAAGCAUUUAUGCUGCAUUAUACUUCUUCCCAAUUCUGACAGUACUACAGGCUGUAGGUGGAGGCCUUCUUUAUUACGCAUUUCCAUACAUUAUCUUGGUUUUGUCCUUGGUUACCCUGGCAGUUUAUAUGUCAGCCUCGGAAAUUCAGUCUUUCAAGAAUCUAAUUGCCAAGAAGAAGAGACUUGUUGUUCUUUUCAGUCACUGGUUGCUCCACGCAUAUGGAAUCAUCUCUAUAUCGAGGCUAGACAAACUGGAACAAGAUCUCCCUCUCUUAGCUUUAGUGCCUGGACCUGCUCUCUUUUAUAUUCUAACUGCUAAGUAUACAGAACCCAAUAGGAUCUUGUCUGAAGGAGGGAAUGGACAUUAAUCAACAUGAACAAAUCAUAAAUGUGCUACUCCAAACCAGGAUUUCUUUGUUUACCUUUCUCCCUAAUGCAAGUAAUGCAUACAUUUUGGAGACUUCUGUUCUUUUCAAGUCAUGUAUAUAUUUGUAUAAUGCAAAUCUGCUUAUAAUGUAAAAAAUCAUGCAGAAUAUUGUAUGUUCAGAUUCUAUGAUAUGUACAGUAUAUGAAUGCAUGUUUAGGGAAGUAAAUUUGCAGUUAUCUACCUUAGGCUGUAUUAUACUUAAUUGCGGUCCAUGUAAAUAUCUUUGGGAAGCCAUGGACUCCUAUCUGAACGGUCUUAUAUCGAGUUGAUAGUCCUAGUGCGAUCAAAGUCAGUGAUGUAGUUAUAUUGUUUUGCAUUCUGUUUUUAUGUGUGUGGUGCAAUAAAGUAAUACGUGAAGAA